CGGAGCCUCUGCUCGGCGCUUGGAGUGCUGAGGGUUGGUCUGGGCUGGGAGAAGCGUCCUUGUAACCACGCAGCUGCCAGUCGUGGUUCAUCCCCAUCCGGUCUGGUGUUGAUGUCGUGCCUAUGUGAGAAGAGGAGCUGAGGGAGGCUGAAGCCCAGCAUAAAAUGGAAUAUGCAUUUUUUUCUUCCUGGAAGACGCUUUUAAUUGAGGAGAGGUCCGAUCAGUGCUGCUGAAGGGAUCCCUUCCUCUGGUUCUUAGUGUGAUCUUGGCAAACUCCACUCUUCACUAUGAGAUGUGAGUGGGCUUGGAUCCAUCAGCUGCAGCAGAACAUGCACAUCAUGAUUCUCCUUCUUUGUUGGAUUUUUUCAGUUCUGUUGAAUGUGUAAUUACAACUAUGGCAACAAGAGUUGAAAUAAAUUCUACUUUGGCGUCUUUGACGACAGUUCCCGACUUAAAUGAGAUCAGGACUGAAGAUAAAUCACAGCGAGUGUAUGUAAGCGUGCUCUCAGAUGUAAGCAGCAAAACAAAGGAGCCUUCAGCAUCACUAACAGUUGAAGAGAAGAACAAAUUUGGGAGCACUCUGAGAUCUGCAACAAUGCCAUCGCUGGGAUCGAGGCCAAGACUCUUCCCCAAACCUUUUUCUAAAGAUACACCUUCAGAUACUUUUGCAAAUGUAAAACCACCUCUUGCAGGUUUUAGAUCAAGCAGUAUUAUUAGAAAGCCUUCUGAAGAAACAACAUCUGCCAAGGUAUCGGCUGGGAAUGUUCCUCCGUUAGUAGAUCAGAAAGCCAUUGGAAAUGAAAGCAAGGCUGGUAGCGAAGUGGUCACAAACGUGACCUUCUAUAGUGGUCACAACACGAAUACUGUCAUUCUUUUUGAGGCGGCAGGCACAGAGCAGUCAAAGGUAAGCCUGGCCCAAGGAAAAAGGGCUGCUGAUGACUGCAGAGUGUUGAGUGCUGUGCAGACAAAAGAGCCUCAGUGCAGUGUGAAGCAGGAGAAACCAUCACCUGAGACAUCCAGGAAUCCUGAAGGGUCUCUUCGCAGGCAGAUAUCAUUUUCGUCCAGUCUUCGACCAGUCUCCUGGAACUCCCUCAAAACUGGAGAAAAGAGAGAUGCUACUGAAGAUCAUCCGGUGGAGAAAAACAACGCUGAUGCAAAUAAUGUAAACAGUAAAGUUGAUCACUCUCUUGAUGCACAGCAAAGGCCAAAACCUAGACCAGUAUCUGCUGUUUUUCUGGAAUCUUUGAGAGAUCAAAAGCAUCGUACUGUGGAAGCUUCUGAGGAAAAGUCUCCUACAGAGAAAUCGUGGGUUAGGAAACCAAGGCCUUUGUCCAUGGACCUGACAGCUAAAUUUGAACUUAAAGACCUUUCUACGAGCAAGAAGACUUGCUCAUCCCAUGAGAGCAAGGAGAGCGUAUCAGUAACUUCUUUUACUGAUGUGGGCAGCCACGGUCAGUCUGAAACGGGGCCAAAAACUGAAGAAAUGGAAUUUGAUAAAGGCAGCUCUUCAAAAACAAAUUUGAAAUGCAGUAGUCAGGAGAUUGGCAUCCUAACUAAAGGAAAACACACGUGGGAAGCAAAGCAGAAAUCUGAAAGUGAGCAAAUUGAGACAAAACCAAGCAUAGUGACUAAUUUGCAUAGUUCUGAGAGAGCCUUUGAAAGCCCUGGUGGAAACAGAACAAACAGGGAAGGGAAGAGGUUGGAUCAAAAGGAAACGUGUGUGUUUCUGAGCUGUGAAAGCCCUGCAGCUUCCUCAGAAAAGGAAAACAGCAUUGUAAGAGGAAGCGUUAAAAAACACAUCAGUUUGUUCACGUCAGAAAAUCCCAGUACCUCUGUAGAUACAGAGACUCUCCCAUCGGCUGCUGAGAGGGAAAACAAGUGCUUGAACAUCCAGCAGAGAAUCAAAGAACUGACAACAGAAAGCACCGAUGCUAAGCCAGGAAAUCUUCGCAGAUCGCUUCAAUCGCGACCGCUUUCUGCAGACCUGACAAAGAUGUUUACAAGUCCAACAUCAUCAGCCAGCGAAGUGAAGCCUGAGAAAGCUGCUGAAGUUAGGAAUGGCUCUGGGAGUGAAAUGCGAGAACAUCAAAAAAGCAAGGAGAUGGCCAUGCUUGCUCACAGCGGAGAUCCCACCGAGGCGCAUGCUGCUGGGAACCCUUGGAAAUCCCGGCAGGUUUUAAAAAUAACCAACAGAAUGGAUCAGACAGAGACAAAGGGAAGCUUCCCUGGAGACAGCCAACGCUUUUCUCAGCAAAGUGAAAAUUCCGUCUCGUUCAUAAGCAGCUUUGAAAAAAGAUUAAAACCAACCAGUGUGACGGAAAAAACCUGCAUGAAAACGGUCCGAGCCACCAUGUUUGACCAUAAUGUUCAGAGGCACAAUGUUGCUGACGACCUCCCCGGAACUGCUUUGCCACUGAAAACGAGUGGGGAGCUCGAAGCAAAGCCUGACGUGGUGACUUUGGGUCAUACCAGGCGUUCGUGGGUGGGAGAAGCUUUUCCAAGCAAGUCUGCUUCUAGGGAUCCUAAUGAUUUUUUCUCCAGUGAAUGCACUUUAUCUGAACGAAAAAAAGACUUGGAUAAAACUGAAAAUGAUCCAGUAUUAAUAGCUGAAAAAAUACCUUACUCUACAAACAAAAGUAAAUGCUCUGGAAUAAAUGAGAAGACAAGCAAGCUGCAUGCUGAAAUUAAAACAGACAGGAGUGAAGACUCAUCCACUGAUGAAACAGGAAGGUCUAAUCUGGUGAAAUGCUCUUCUGAGAAAAGGAGUUUUAGACAAGGAGGAAUAGACUAUGAAUUUGGACCCAGCUUUGGACACGAAGUUGUCUCAACCAGUGUAAAAAAACAGCAGGUCCAUUCAUCUUCGGUGCUUCUAAGUGGGCAGUUAUGUAAAUCUCCCAGUAGCCUCCAUCCUGAUGUGAAAGAGGAAUCUAGAGCUUUUGCUGUGAGGAGAAGUCUAGACUCAAACUGCAAAGACCAAGACUUCGGUUUACGUAGUACGGCUCCUGAAAACAGAGAAAAAAUCAGAGCAAUAGAUCCAGAAGAAAAGGUCAGGAGAACUAAAAGUAGCAUUUCUGAUUUGAAGACUUCUGAAAGGUGGAGAAGGAAAACCUUGCCUCACGAUUCUGUCAAGGCAGAAGAACUCAGCUGGCUCACGCCUGAAAAUACAAAAAGGCUGAGUUGGGCAGAUUCAUUGCAAUUGGAAGAAGGUUCGCUUAAAAAGAGGAACAUCAAAGAGCGGAUGGAGGGAAACGAGGCAAACCAAACUGCUGCUGGCAGUUCUGAUGAGCACUUGAAAAAUCAGAGUUCUGCCUUUGAACCAAAGGCAACGUAUUUUGCAGUGACUUAUCAAAUUCCCGGUAUUAAAAAAGAGAAAAGCUUUGUUGGUACUUCUAGUACAGGCGUAAGUAGUAAAAUUUCUAGCUCAAGUGAGGGAGGAGCAAUUAAUCUGGGUCCUGAUUUUUCUGGUAGGUCCAAACAAGAAAAAAGCACGAUGAGUAUGGAUUGUAGAGAAGAGUCACGAGAAGUGUACGUUAAAAAGGACUGGGUAAAAGGGGAGGACAAAGAUAAUGCUGCUUCCAAAAACACUGCCUCUGGUAAUUUUCAUGUAUUUGGGAGAGAUAACCAGAAGCGUAAUGAAAAAGGUCUGGAUCAAUCUAAAGACAAAAUCAUAGAUGUUGAUGCUUUUCUGUUAAAACAGGAAUGGGAAAAUGUGGCUCAAACUGAUCUCAAAAGUAGCAGAGGAAAGGUCUCUUACCACGACCCCCGAUCCUCCCUGCGUUUCGCACAGCUGCACAAAGAUGGUGAAGUAGUCACGCAGAAGAGCUGCGAAAGCAGCUAUGGUGUAUCUGGAAGGAAGGCUGAGGAUGGCUACAGGCCCCAGGUUCUUGAUAUUGAUGCCCUUAUGGCAGAAUAUAAAGAAGAAUCGGUGAAGGGCAGUAGUAUUCAAGACAAGGUCUCUGAGGAGCAUAGUUUAUUUGGUAGGAACAAAUCAAAGAACAAAAGGAACAUGCCAGACAGGGUGACUUCUUCCUAUACCUGGAAAGAGUGGAAGGGAUCAGAUCACCAUGCUGUUAGUACCAGACAGGGUGAGCAUGCGGAGGAGUACCACAGGCCAGAGAAAUUGGUUCCAACUGAAAAGAGCAAAGAGAAAUUGGAUUCCCAUGGCCCCGAGUCUGAUAAACAGAAGUCCAAAGACAGAAAGUUAAGCUCUCCUCCCUGGGAAAAUCCCAGCUGCUUGUUUCCAGAUAAGUUUGCCAAUUCUCCUGUGGAGUUCACUGCAAAGAAAACAUUCAUCAUCGAUGAUGAUCAAGACAUGAAUUUAACUUCCAGGAACCAAAGUUCACAAGUUGUGAUUGACAAGGUACAGCCUGUACAUGCGGUUGAUGUGGACCAGAAAUUGGAAGUUAAUUUUGCUUCCAGGCUGUCCAUAAAGGCCAAUGAUGGGCUAUUACAGAAGAAGGUGGUCACAAAAGAACAGUUCUCAGAGGUGACUCUGGAAGGCGACUGGAGCAAAAACGUAACGAGGAGCUCUGUAAUAAAGGACAGAGAUGAUGUGAGUAAGGUGACCUGUGCCAACGACUCUUCCAACGUGAAAAGUAAGACAAAAGAUUGGAAGAGCUAUACAUCUGGCCUAGGAAGUGCACCCCCAGAUCUGAGACGCUCCUAUUCAGAAAAGAGCCGCUCAGGGAAAGAUGGUCUAGCACUCAUGCAAGAAGUGAGAGGAAGAAAGGACCUGUACCGCUCCAGGCAGAGCUUCCCACCAGAGGGUGUGGAUAAUGAGUGGAAAACCAAGGUCUCAUCUCAGUCGGAAUCUUUCUUCCACGAGGAUAAGAAGGCUCCUAGGAAAGAGUGGACCAAGCAGAGUUCAGAAAAAACAGAUGGAAGAGAACUUUCAUUUGUUUCUACUCAGAGAAGUCGCAGCUUUUUUUAUAAAGACAGAAGGGCGGAGAGCAUAACGGACCAGCUGAAGCAAUGCUUCACAAGACAGCCCCCUGAAGCCAAGGACACAGACACGUUGGUGCAGGAGCCCGACAGCCAGUAUGGCACCUGGAGCGAGCAGCGGCGCAGCGGGGACAGCUUUGUGCCUGAAUCUCCUUCAUCAGAAAAUGAUGUCAUUUCCACGAGAAAGCAGCCACCAAACAGCCAGCCAUCAUCCCUGUCCUCUCAAACAGAGCCCACCUCCCUGGCUGACCGCUGUGACUUCUCUAAAGACCAAAGGAGCACAAGUCUGGACCGUUCAAGCACUGACAUAGACUCUACUGAUGGGACUGAGUUACCUCCUCCAGGAGAUGCCUAUCCUGAUGGAAAGACCACUGACUUCUCCUUCAUUGAUCAAACCACUAUUCUGGACUCCAGUGCACUGAAAAACCGCGUACAGCUCAGCAAGAAGAGACACCAUCGGGCUCCUCUUUCCCACUCUCUGAGAAGAAGCAGAGGGCUGGAGUAUGAAAACAGAUUUUCGUUGACGGAAGAAUCGGGCAGUACGUGGAUGUUUAAAGAUUCCACAGAAGAGAAGAAACCUAUGCAACAAGAGGAUUCUGAUGAGGAAGAAAAGACACAGCGUUCUGGGAGAUUGUCUUCUGUGCAAGCUCAGAGGCUUCCCAUAUUUCCAGGAAUGGACCACUCUGUUCUCAAGGCCCAGCUGCGGAAAAGACACGAAUCUGAGAGUCCUGGUGAGCCAAGUUCUGCUCAGCCGUUCAAAUCCCCUAAACCACAGCUUGGAACUCCUGGUAGCAGAAUACUGCCCUCCAGUGUAGAGAAGGAGGAAAGGUCAGAAGAAAAAUCUCCUCAGUGGCUUAAGGAGCUGAAAUCAAAGAAGAGACAGAGCCAUUAUGAGAAUCAGGUUUGAUAAAGAUAGUGAUUCUAGCUAGAAGAAGAUAAAGAAGUUUAACAGAAGCCUUAACUCAUCUGAACUUAAAAUUCACAUGUCAUGUUGCUGCUGUUUGCUUCCUGCCUCAACUGCUAUGUGCAUGGUGCCUUCCUGUUUUGUGGAGAAAGCUGCUUAAUAUUCAUAGUCAAAUACAAAGCUGUACCUUUUUGGAUGUGGGAGGACGGUCACUUUAGAGCUACCUGGAAGAAGAACCAGUGGUUCAUAGCGCUAACUUUCAGAAAGUCACAAAAGAUUGUAAUGUUUGAUGUAGGAGUGCUGUGCACUGGAGAAGUCCCCUCACUGUUGAACAAAGACUUCAUUCCUACCUGUAUGUUCAGCACCUGAAAUGUACGACGUAUGGUAGAUGUGUCGGGUGUGAGGCUGGGCUUUGUGUUUGUUUAUGAACAUCAGAAUUUUAAUCAAAUUUAUCUUUUUUUUUUGGUUGAAAAAAAAAUAUA